AGACUCCACCUCUCUUAGGAAACGGAUACUUUGACCCGAACUUUAUAACUUUAUGAGACAGAAAAGAGAAACGAGAAUAAACAAACACGGGGAGAGAAAGAAGAAUAAACAAACUAGAGGGGGUGUGAGAAAAGAAGGAAGGAGAGAGGAAAACCAAGGAGGGAGGGACUCAGGUCACAGUUUUCCCAGGAGAGUCAUACACAGAGUGACACUGCUGCAGAGGCCAUUUACAUACACAAUGUCUCACACAGACUAAUAAUGUUUUACAUACAGUGAUUGUCACACGCUGUGUCACUGCCUUGCACCCGGAUUACUGCCACUUCUGGUGUCUUCUCUGGAGUUCAUACAGCAACAACAUGGCGAGCAAUAACCUGGAAAUGUGUCAGCAAAGCGCAGAGGAAGUGAAAGGUCUGAUGGCUGAUAAUGUCAAGAAGGUCAUCGAAAGAGAAGGAAAAAUAGCUGAUAUGGAAGUGCGAUCCGAUGACUUGCUUAGCAUGGCCACCUCUUUUCAGAAGACUGCCCGAACUGUGGAACGUCACACGCGAUGGGAGAAAUGGCGCUGGUAUAUUAUUGCAGGAUCGAUUGUUACAGCAGUAAUAGUGAUUCUGAUCACCAUACUGGCUGUUCAGCUGGGAGGUGGGAGUAGCAGCCCUGCAGAAGAGCGAGCGGCAUCCGAAGACCCAAACUGAUCCCUAUUCUUAUCAUACUCGUCGCCCAUCAUGGGAAUAAUUGGAUGUUGAAAUUUGUACUCGGCAAUCCUGGCGUUUUUUAUAUUAGAGUAUCUGUCAGUGCCGGGGACAUGUGAAGGUUAAAGAACACAGCUCAUUGUAUACAGUCCUGCAGAGCAUUGCAGUACUUUUCAUUACAUUGCAGCCAUGCAGAACAUUCUGCCAUCAUCUAUAGAGAUCUGCUGCUCUAAGGCAUUCAUAUUGUACAGAUCUGUGGAACACUGCUACACCCCCCCCCACACACACACACAUUGCCCUUUGGAGUUGCAAAUUGUAAUCGGUGCAAUGGUAGCUCUAUUAAGCAUCGCUUAUUUGUAAAACAUUGGAAAUUUAUGGAAACGUGAUGGCAAAUGCAAAUAUUACAAUGUAUUAAAGACUUAAUGUACAUAAAAAAUUGUAGAAAAAAACCUUUGCUUUAUUCGUAUUUCUAGGUGUUUAAAUAUGUUACAACACAGACAGAAUGUAGAGGGUUUUUUAAUUUAUCCCAUAAGUUUGGAAAAAGGUCACCAAGCUGUGUUUAAAGGCCUGUUGUAAAUUCCUCAGUUCUAUACUAGAACUACUCUUGUCUACUCAGCAAAUCCUUAGCAAGUACCCCUGUAGGCAUUCAUUUGUUUUCUAUGUACCCCAACUGUAACAUAAAUAUUACUGAUCUUUUAAAUGAGCAAAAAUAGAAACCAUGUGUAUCACUUGAUUUCACAAGCUUGUGUCAGAUAUGUUAAGUAAAUAUAUAGGAAUCUGAUAUUUGUUUUAUGUUUUUCGGAAUGCAAUAUUUGUUAAUAUUACCACAGAGAAUAAUAAACACAUAAAUACAGA